AUCCUACUUCCUCUAACAGUCAGGCCUCGACUCUCUGUGUCUUUGCUUUUUUGAUGGUGACACACAGAGAUGGCGGGUACACGAAUCACAAACCUCCAGAGUGCUGCGAAGCAGCCACCGCUGAUUCCGCCUCCAAGGCGCACCAUAGCACCGCAGGAAGCUGUGCAGAUGCGUUUAAAGAGCUCCCAGAGCCCCGGAGACCGCCUCAGUCAGUCCAAGUCCAUGGUGCUGCAGGAGUCCGACCUUCCUACAAAGCCUAUCUCUAGGCAUCGCAGGAAUCAGUCUCAGCACAACGUCUUAGUCGCAGGAGGAGGAGUUGCCGUUUUUGAACCAUUGGUGCAGCUGAAAGGUGAACAUCUGAAUGUGGCUAAAAUCUCAGAGAGCGGUAAGAAGCAAAGGAAGAACUGGACCUUCAUGUGGAGCGUACUGACCUCAGAUCAGCUGCUGUUUUAUAAAGAGAGACAACAAGAAACUAGUCUGAAACCAGGAAGUAAGACAGAUGUGGUUCAGCUGUGUGGAGCAGUUAUUGAGUGGACGACAGAGAAGUCAAGCAGGAAAAACGUUUUCCAGAUUACAACAAACACAGGAAGUGAGUACCUCCUCCAGACUGACAGUUACUCCACGGCCAGUCAAUGGUACGACGCCAUCAGAAAGGCUGUUGACUCUGCCACUAAACUUCCUCUGCGGAGAUCAAACAGCACAGAGUACCUGCCCAGACACAGCUCACUACCUGGAUAUGGCUCCGCCUCCCCCAACGCCAAGCAACGCAACCCAGUCCACAGACGCUCCAUCAAUAUGUUCAGCAGCUCCAAGCUCAAACACAGCACCUCUGACAGCGCUGACAAGAACGGAGUGAAGAACAGACUGAAGAAGUUCAUCACCAGACGUCCGUCCAUGAAGACUCUGAAGGAAAAAGGCCUCAUCAAAGAUCGAGUUUUCGGCUGCCAUCUGCUGACUCUCUGCGAACGUGAAGGAACCACGGUGCCGAGGUUUGUUCAGAUCUGUCUGGAUGCUGUGGACAAGCGAGGUCUGGAUGCUGACGGGAUCUACAGAGUAAGUGGAAACCUGGCAACAAUCCAGAAACUUCGCUUCAUUGUCGACCAGGAGGAGGACCUAGACCUUGACCAGAGUCAGUGGGAGGACAUCCACGUCGUCACUGGGGCCCUCAAGAUGUUUUUCCGGGAGCUGCCCGAGCCGCUAUUCCCCUUCAGGUUCUUCCAGCAGUUUGUGGAGGCAGUCAAGAUUAAAGAAUCCAAACUCAAAGUUCAGGCUGUGAAGAAACUUAUCCAGGAACUGCCCAAACCCAACCAGGACACCAUGAAGUUGCUCUUCAGCCACCUGCACAGAGUCCUAGGCUUUUCCAGGAAGAACUUGAUGUCAACUCAGGGCAUCGGCAUCGUGUUUGGCCCAACGCUGAUGUGGCCUGAGCUGGAUGCAGGAAACAUGGCCGUCAACAUGGUCUACCAGAACCAGAUUGUGGAGUUCAUCCUCAUUGAGAGCCAAGAAAUCUUCAACCUGGACAGGAAGUAAAGUGUCCUGAGGUGGACUCACUUUAAACAUCAAAGCUGGAUAUAACCAAAUUCCUUCAGAAACAGUAUUGUUUUAACAGAAAACAUAGGCACUGGUUUUGACUGGACUGUAAACAAUAAACAAAUUAUUUCUGA